AUGGAUUCUGUACCACGGCUGACCAGCGUUUUGACUUUGCUGUUCUCUGGCUUGUGGCAUUUAGGAUUAACAGCGACAAAUUACAACUGUGAUGACCCGCUAGCAUCCCUGCUGUCUCCGAUGGCUUUUUCCAGUUCCUCAGACCUCACUGGUACUCCCAGUCCAGCUCAGCUCAACUGGAGAGUUGGAACUGGCGGUUGGUCCCCAGCAGAUUCCAAUGCUCAGCAGUGGCUCCAGAUGGACCUGGGAAACAGAGUGGAGAUUACAGCAGUGGCCACGCAGGGAAGAUACGGAAGCUCUGACUGGGUGACAAGUUAUAGCCUGAUGUUCAGUGACACAGGACGCAACUGGAAACAGUACAAGCAAGAAGACAACAUCUGGACCUUUGCAGGCAACAUGAAUGCCGACAGCGUGGUGCACCACAAGCUGCUGCACUCGGUGAGAGCCCGGUUUGUCCGCUUUGUGCCCCUGGCGUGGAACCCAAGUGGAAAAAUCGGCAUGAGGGUCGAGGUCUAUGGCUGUUCCUACAAAUCUGACGUCGCUGACUUUGACGGCCGAAGCUCCCUCCUGUACAGGUUCAAUCAGAAGCUGAUGAGCACUCUCAAAGAUGUGAUCUCCCUGAAGUUCAAGAGCAUGCAAGGGGAUGGGGUCCUGUUCCAUGGAGAAGGUCAACGCGGAGACCACAUAACCCUGGAGCUCCAGAAGGGGAAGCUCGCCCUGUACCUCAACUUGGAUGACAGCAAGGCUCGACUGGGCAGUGGCCCGCCCUCGGCCACCUUGGGCAGUCUCCUGGACGAUCAGCACUGGCACUCGGUCCUCAUGGAGCGGGUCGGCAAGCAGGUGAACUUCACUGUGGACAAGCACACGCAGCACUUCCGGACCACGGGCGAGGCGGAUGCCCUGGACAUUGACUAUGAGCUCAGUUUUGGAGGAAUUCCAGUACCAGGCAAACCUGGAACCUUUUUAAAGAAAAACUUCCAUGGAUGUAUUGAAAACCUUUACUACAAUGGAGUAAACAUAAUUGACCUGGCUAAGAGACGAAAGCAUCAGAUCUAUACUGUGGGCAAUGUCACUUUUUCCUGCUCCGAACCACAAAUUGUGCCCAUCACAUUUGUCAACUCCGGCGGCAGUUAUUUGCUGCUGCCUGGCACCCCCCAAAUUGAUGGGCUCUCAGUGAGUUUCCAGUUUCGAACAUGGAACAAGGAUGGUCUGCUUCUGUCCACAGAGCUGUCUGAGGGCUCGGGGACCCUGCUGCUGAGCCUGGAGGGCGGAAUCCUGAGACUCGUGAUUGAGAAAAUGACAGAACGCCUGGCCGAAAUCCUCACAGGCAGCAACUUGAACGAUGGCCUGUGGCACUCGGUUAGCAUCAGCGCCAGGAGGAACCGCAUCACUCUCACUCUGGACGAUGAUGCCACAUCCCCAGCCCAGGACACCACCUGGGUGCAGAUUUAUUCUGGAAAUAGCUACUAUUUUGGAGGGUGCCCCAACAAUCUCACCGAUUCCCAAUGUUUAAAUCCCAUUAAGGCUUUCCAAGGCUGCAUGAGGCUCAUCUUUAUUGAUAACCAGCCCAAGGACCUCAUUUCAGUUCAGCAAGGUUCCCUGGGGAAUUUCAGUGAUUUACACAUUGAUCUGUGUAGCAUCAAAGACAGGUGUUUGCCAAACUACUGUGAACACGGAGGAAGCUGCUCCCAGUCCUGGACUACUUUCUACUGUAACUGCAGUGACACAAGUUACACUGGUGCCACCUGCCAUAACCCCGUCUACGAGCAGUCCUGCGAGGUGUACAGGCACCAGGGGAACACGGCCGGCUUCUUCCGCAUCGACUCGGACGGCAGUGGGCCGCUGGGACCGCUCCAGGUGUACUGCAAUAUCACGGAGGACAAGAUCUGGACGUCAGUGCAGCACAACAGUACAGAGCUGACCCGCGUGCGGGGCGCCAACCCCGAGAGGCCCUACAGCAUGGCCUUGGACUACGGUGGCAGCAUGGAGCAGCUGGAGGCCAUGAUUGACCGCUCGGAGCACUGUGAGCAGGAGGUGGCCUACCACUGCAGGAGGUCCCGCCUGCUCAACACGCCAGAUGGAGCGCCAUUUACCUGGUGGAUCGGCCGGUCCCGUGAAAGGCACCCGUACUGGGGAGGGUCCCCUCCUGGGGUCCAGCAGUGUGAGUGUGGCCUGGAUGAGAGCUGCCUGGACACGCGACACUUUUGCAACUGUGACGCUGACCAGGACGAGUGGGCAAAUGAUACUGGCUUGCUUUCCUUCAAAGACCACUUGCCUGUCACUCAGAUAGUCAUCACUGAUACCGACAGAUCAGACUCAGAAGCUGCUUGGAGAAUUGGUCCCUUGCGUUGCUAUGGCGACCGACACUUCUGGAAUGCUGUCUCAUUUUAUACCGAAGCCUCUUACCUCCACUUCCCUCCCUUCCAUGCGGAAUUCAGUGCCGAUAUCUCCUUCUUUUUCAAAACCACAGCUUUGUCUGGAGUGUUCCUAGAAAACCUUGGCAUUAAAGACUUCAUUCGACUCGAAAUAAGCUCUCCUUCAGAGAUCACUUUUGCCAUCGAUGUUGGGAAUGGCCCUGUAGAGCUUGUGGUCCAGUCUCCUUCUCCUCUGAAUGACAACCAAUGGCAUUAUGUCCGGGCCGAGAGGAACCUCAAGGAGACCUCCCUCCAGGUAGACAGCCUUCCGAGGAGCACCAGGGAGACCCCGGACGAGGGCCAUUUCCGACUGCAGCUGACCAGCCAAUUGUUUGUAGGGGGAACAUCAUCAAGACAGAAAGGGUUCCUAGGAUGCAUCCGCUCCUUACACCUGAACGGGCAGAGGCUGGACCUGGAGGAGAGGGCAAAGUUCACGUCUGGAGUCAGGCCGGGGUGCCCAGGUCACUGUAGCAGCUACGGCAGCACCUGCCACAACGGGGGCAAGUGUGUGGAGAAGCACAGCGGCUACUUAUGCGACUGCACCAAUUCUCCUUAUGAAGGGCCCUUUUGCAAAAAAGAGGUUUCCGCUGUUUUUGAGGCUGGCACGUCGGUUACUUACAUUUUUCAAGAACCCUACCCUGUGACCAAGAAUAUAAGCCUCUCAUCCUCAGCUAUUUACACAGAUUCAGCUCCAUCCAAGGAGAACAUUGCAUUUAGCUUUGUGACAGCCCAGGCACCCAGUCUUUUGUUCUUUAUCAAUUCUUCUUCUCAGGACUUCCUGGCUGUUCUGCUCUGCAAGAAUGGAAGUUUACAGGUUCGCUGUCAGCUAAGCAAGGAAGAAAUCCAUGUAUUCACCAUUGAUGUAGAGAACUUUGCCAACAGAAGGAUGCACCACGUGAAGAUUAACCGAGAGGGGAGAGAGCUUACCAUUCAGGUGGACCGGCAGCUCCAGCUCAGUUAUAACUUCUCCCCAGAAGUGGAGUUCAGAGUCAUAAGGUCGCUCACCCUGGGCAAAGUCACAGAGAGCCAUAGAUUGGAUCCUGAAGUUGCUAAGGCAAACAGCCUGGGUUUUGUUGGAUGCAUGUCUUCAGUGCAGUACAACCACGUGGCGCCACUGAAGGCAGCUCUGCGCCACGCCACCGCUGCGCCUGUGACUGUCCAAGGGACCUUGACGGAGUCCAGCUGCGGCUCCACGGUGGACUCAGAUGUGAAUGCGGUGACCACCGUGCAUUCUUCAUCAGAUCCCUUUGGGAAGACGGAUGAACGGGAACCACUCACCAAUGCAGUUCGAAGUGAUUCUGCGGUCAUUGGAGGGGUAAUAGCAGUGGCGAUUUUCAUCAUCUUCUGUGUCGUGGGCAUCAUGACCCGGCUCCUGUACCAGCACAAGCAGUCACAGCGCACAAACCAGAUGAAGGAGAAGGAGUACCCAGAAAAUUUGGACAGUUCCUUCAGAAACGAUGUUGACUUGCAAAACCCAGUGAGCGAGUGCAAACGGGAAUAUUUCAUCUGA